AUGGCCUCCGUCGCUCCCAUCACCGGCAUGCUCCGCCGCACUCUGGUCCUUGACCUGAGCACCGCUUUCGGUUUCGGUACCACUUUCGGCUACCUCUGGUGGUACGGCUUCCACCUUCCCCGCGUGCGCGCCCGUGACGACUACUACACCCGCCUCGAGGCCGAGCGCGCUGCUGCCCAGCAGUAA